AUGGCUCAUAGCGCCUUCUCCUCCACGCCGCCGUCGGUCUGCAACUGCUGGGAGCCCCCUCAGGCUCUAUUCCUCAUCUGCCGAGCUCUCCACGAGGAUGCUCAGGCCGUUUUCUUCUCCGGUAACCGCUUCAUCGUACAUGACCGUUCCUCGGAAAUUCGGUUAACCCACGGCAUCCCGGAGGAGUUGUCACGAUUGGCCGACGGUCUGGGAGGGUACCCGGGUUCCCGGUUCGGCGCGAGCUACUUCCUGCGCGAUGUCGUUCCGGAGAGCUGCCUGGGCCAACUGCGCUUCCUCGAGUUGGUGUUCCCGCCCUACCCGCCCUACACGUGGCCCGCCGAGGAUCAUAGGGUCCUUGUGGACUGGGCCGAGACGGUUGAGUGGGCACGGGCUAGGCUCAACAUCGAGGGCCUGACUGUCCGGCUCGUCAUGGCUGACCAGAGCGAGUGGGAGCCACGGGACGACAGGAAGGAUAUGACGGCGGAGCAGGGCAGGGAGGUCAUCGAGGGAUAUUGGCGGAUCCUGAGGCCGCUCCGUGAGCUGCGGAGAUUCUAUGCGUGCUUUGUCUCGCCAUGGCGGUGGAGUGAAGGCGUUGGCAGUCCGGAGGCGGCGAGUGCGAAGGAGCGGGAGCUGAAGGAACUGGCCGAGAGGUUUGUCUUGGGGGAGCGGUAUCAGCUGCAAUGUUCGGCCGAGGAGCCGGAGGAGAGCCUUUGGAAUUUGAAGUUAAUCAGGGAUAUAUAA